AUGUCACCAAACGCUCAUUUUCCUCCAUCAUUCCAUGAAAAAGAUUGCAUGUACGAUGGCAUUGUGAAUUAUCUGAGACGUCAUACAUUUCCUCCAUUCAUCAAACUCACGACAAACAAACAGAUUGCUCGAGCGGAGUUCAGGAAAAAAUGCGAAUCGUUUUACAUCGACCAACGAGGGGUUUUGAUAGAAGGUCGAGCGGGAGGUCUUCAUCGCCAUGUAUUGCGACGUGGUGAGCUCGCUCAUGUGAUGAAGUUUGUACAUGAAGUUUUGGGACAUUGCAACGCGGAAGUGUGGUGUGUUUAUCUUAUUCUCUUCUUAGCUGUUUUCUGUAUUGCUAUCCAAAAAAUUUUGAGGAAUCGAAUUGACAUCCCUUUCCCCUCAAUUAAUUUUCUAUAUAUACCCGUUAAUGUUGGCAAUAACAGACACGGCUGAAU